AUGGGCAAGUGGUGCAUCGUCCACCGAAAGCGCUCGCAGACUGAAGUGCCGCGGCUGCGUGAGCUCGAGCGCGCGGUCAAGGCCGAGCUCAAGGACAUUGGCGGCCGCGAAGAACUCUUUCUGCGCUCGACGUCCGAGCUCACGUCGCUUAUGAAGACGCUCGGCCGCACGCAGGGCCGCGCGUACUUUCGCUACGUGCUGCGCAACGUGUUUGGCGACAAGUCGCGGCUGUACGACCUGCAGGGCCCGCCGUCGAGCAAGCAGGUGGUCGAGUACGCCAAGAGCGUGGUCCAGCGCCUGGCCAAGGCGAUCCACUUUGCACCGCUCGUGCUGCGUGCGGGCUGCCACUACAUGCUCACGGAGUUUCGCCAGGCGUUUCCCGAGUGCAAACACGACGCGCGGAUCGUCGUGGGGAGUUUGCUGUUCUUGCGGAUUCUCUGUCCAGCACUCGUGAAGCCCGAGAUGUUUGACUUUCCUCCCCACACGGCCCAGACACUGCCCACGGGCGUGCAGAUUGCCAAAGUGUUGCAGCACACGCUCAGCGGCACGCCCAUAGGCGACAGCGACCCCACGUUCGACGACAGCAACGCGUUCAUCCAGACGUUCCAGCCGUACGUGGCCACGUUUCUCGUGCGGUUCCCUCAGAUCCGCGCGGCCUUUGGCACGGAAGACUUGCAGCAGGUACCCGAGGUGCCGUGCGCACCAGCGUCUUGGGAUUGCGGGAACGGGUCGCCGAGUUUACCGACAUCGCCAUCACGAAGAGAGCAGUGGCCGCUGUCGCCGCAUGCCGAGUCGUGGAACGCCCGACGUCCGAACGGUAAAAUGUGCGGACUCGCAAUGAGUGCGAACGGUGGGAUCAAGAGCAAGAAGAGGUUUUCGCUGCGCUUUUGGUCGAGAGACCACGAGGGCAUUGGCCACCGACAGUCGCCGUAG